AUCCCAAAAGCAUAAAACCAAACGACUGCGUUUAACCAGCCGUGUCAUCAUCUUCGACCUCUAAACCCCUGGGCAAACUCCACGCCAUGCUCACAAGAUGACCAGACAAUGGCCCCUUAGGGCUUUUUCUGGUGCGCUAUCACGUGCAUACUCCUCUUCCUCAUCUUCGCCGUUCCCUCUGAAGCACGUGGCCAAAUUGAACUUCGAAUCCGCAUUCUGCGAGCUCAAAAGCCAUGUUGGAGCCGCCGAUUUCGUGGCCAUCGAUCUGGAGAUGACCGGCGUCACCAGCGCUCCCUGGCGAGAGUCCUUCGAAUAUGACCGAUACGACGUUCGCUACCUCAAGGUCAAAGAUUCCGCUGAAAAGUUCGCUAUCCUUCAGUUCGGCGUCUGUCCUUUUCGCUGGGACGCCCACCACCAAUCCUUCAUUGCUCAUCCGCACAAUUUCUACAUAUUUCCCCGUCAAGAGCUAGCAGCUGAUGGUACCUCUUAUGAGUUCCUCUGCCAAACCACGUCCAUGGAUUUCUUAGCUAAAUAUCAGUUCGAUUUCAAUGCCUGCAUACACGAAGGAGUUUCUUAUCUAUCCAGACGGCAGGAAGAGGAAGCAUUAAAACGUUUGAAUUUGCGAUAUGAGGAUAACGGUUUAUUAGAUAAAGUGAAUGAAUUUAGAGACGUGCCAUUGGCCAGAGUGACCGAUGUUCUUUUCAGUGAAAGAAUGAAGAACAGAUUGAGUGAAUGGCGUGAUGGGUUAUUGAGGAGUGGAAAUGGGGUGCCUCAGUUCCAAGGGAUUUCAAAUCACUCGAGGCAACAGAUGCAAACUAUUUUCUACAAAAUGAGGCCGGCUCUAAGUCUGAAUGGUUUCACUGCUCAUCAGCUUAAAUUGAUUCAGUUGGUCACUAAUAAGCAUUUUAAAGAUCUUGCUUAUGUUCGUUUCAACAGUGAAACUUCUUGUUCACAGCAGAUAGUUGUAUAUAUGGACUCCAAGAGUGACAAGGACCUAUUUAUGAAAGAAGUGAAGGAUGAUUAUCUUAAGGAAGCAGACAUGAAGAUCAAAGCUGCAAUUGGAUUUCGCCAUGUUAUUGACCUUCUUUCUUCUGCACAGAAGUUGAUUGUUGGUCAUAAUUGCUUCUUGGAUAUUGCACACAUAUACAGCAAAUUCUUUGGCCCCCUUCCCCAAACUGCUGAAGGAUUCGUUUCCUCUUUUCACACAUACUUUCCGCACAUUGUUGAUACCAAAGUACUCUUGAAUUCCAAUAGUGUACUCCCUCAAAGGAUGAGGAAAUCAAACACAUCACUCUCAUCAGCCUUUUCAUUACUCUGUCCACAAAUGGCUGUGAAUUCUAAUAAAAUUUCUGAUUUGGCUUUCCGUCCAUUUGUGAAUGUGGAGGUUCAAGUGGAUGAUACGAGGUCUUCCAACUGGAGUUCUGGAAUCAAACAUGAAGCUGGAUAUGAUGCUUUUAUGACAGGUUGUGUAUUUGCCCAGGCAUGCAGUCAUCUGGGCAUUGAUUUUAAACUCCAUUCGUCCUCCUCCGAGAAUUUGGCCCAAAAUGAAAAACUCCAGAAGUACAUCAACCUUCUAUAUCUCAGUUGGAUUCAUGGGGACAUUAUUGAUCUAAGAACUGGGAAUAUGAUUGCAGAGUCUUCAGGAUCUAAUAAAUUCAGAAAGCAGCAUCCUAAGAUUUUGUUUGAGAAUGUAGUUUUAAUCUGGAGAUUUCCACUGAGACUCAAGGCAACGGAGAUAAGAGAAUGCAUCUCUAAAGUCUUUGGCCCAUGCUCUGUUACAUCCAUCUAUCAUGUGGAUGAAACUGCAGUUUUUGUUCAGUUCAGCAAGGCAGAGCUGGUAUUUGAAUUUCUAGUGUUGAAAGAAUCCUUGGAGAGAAGUAAUGAUGCCAUCUCUGUUUUGCAUCCUCUAUCAAAACUGCUGGAAGGUGGAAACACUUGUGCUGCUGGUUAUGAAACUUAUAAAGAGAUCUGCAGUUCACCCAUCUCCAAAGUUCUCUUUGCAGAUCAGGCAGAUGCAGUUGGUAUCAGAUGGAAGACCAGGUUGGUAGAAUCCAAAUUAGAGGCACAAUCCCAAAAGCAAGAAAGUUUUUGUGAAGAAAAUGUAGCAACUACUACAUCAAUAUCUGUUGAAAAAAGCAAGACAGGCAAACAACAUGUGAUAGAUGAUUUGCUGAGUCGCAGAUCAAAAUGUGAUGAGGUUAUUGAUUCUUUUUUUACUGCAGAAGUAAGACAGGUUAGAGCUACUAAUUAGUGAUUCUGGACUGAUUUGUAUUUUUUAAGCCUUAGGGCCUGAUUGGUUUAACUGUUAAAUACAGCUGAUAACUAUUAGCUGACAGCUGAUUUAUGUUAAAUGUUUGAUAAAAUUAUAUUUAA